AUGGCGGCGAAGCUUUGUGGGUGGUGGGAAGAAGGAGUGUCGGCUAAUGGAGUGAUGGUUCCACUUCCACUUCCAUUUCCAGUUCCACUUCUAUUUCCAUCAGAAACUCUUCCAUUGUACCAAACAGGGCAUAAAUCCUUUCAAACAAUUCCAGUAGAAAUAAGGGGGGAGGAGGUGAGCACAAGGUGGAUAACCCCUGAAAAGGACUGGGUUAAAGUUAAUUCGGAUGGUUCAAGCAUGGGAAAUCCAGGACGAGCGGGAUGCGGUGGGGUGAUUCGAGACCACCAUGGGGCUUGGAUCGUGGGUUACUGUAGAGAUGUGGGAUGGAGCACAGCCUUUGAAGCAGAAUGUUGGGGGGCGGGUGAAGGAAUAGAGGUGGCGAGGAAACUGGGUUUCAAAAAAAAUUCAUCUUGA